AUGACCACAGUCACAGAGGAGAGGUCUCUGACACAAGCCACAACGUCCAGCAAUGAGUCGGCCACAGACGACCCUGAUCUCAAGAAGACGCCGUUCUACCCUGAGAUCGUGCAGAAGCUGCACCGCUUCUUCCGUCUGCAGACGUUCCGGAAGAACCAGCUUCAGGCUAUCACAGCAACAAUGGAGGGCAAGGACGUCUUCGUGCUAAUGCCGACCGGCGGAGGCAAGAGCCUGUGCUACCAGCUGCCGGCUAUCUGCGAAGGCGGCUCGACGAAGGGCGUCACCAUCAUCGUCUCCCCGCUGCUCGCCCUCAUGGAGGACCAGGUCGAGAACCUCACGCGUCGGGGUAUUGAGGCCCUCCAGUGGACAUCCGCCGACGCUAGAGACACACCCUCCUUGGACGUCAACCGCCGUAUGUACUCCAACAACCGCCCCCGCCUCCUCUACGUCACCCCAGAGAAGAUGCACAACAGCGGGCAGGCCAAGUCGCUGCUCUCUUACCUCCACGGCCGCGGCCUCAUAGCCCGCUUCGUCAUCGACGAGGCGCACUGCAUCUCCUCAUGGGGCCACGACUUCCGAUCCGCGUACCUCGCCCUCGGGCAGCUGCGCCAGACGUACCCGGGCGUGCCCAUCAUGGCGCUCACGGCGACCGCGACGCCGCGCGCGGCGGACGACAUCGUGAAGAACCUGCGUAUCGAGCGCUGCGUGCGACUCACGCAGUCCUUCAACCGCACCAACCUGCACUACUCGGUCGUGCCGAAGCAGAAGAUGUCGACCAUUGCGAAGUGGAUCAAUGAGACGCACCCUGGGGAGAGCGGUAUCAUCUACACGCUGAGCAAAAAGAAUGCGGAGGUUGGUGCGGAGCAGUUGCGGAAGGAAGGCGUCUCGGCGGAGUACUAUCACGCUGGGAUGACGGAUGAAGAUAGGAAGACGGUCUACAUGAACUGGAAGUCGAAUCGUACCCAGGUUAUGGUCGCGACGAUCGCCUUUGGUAUGGGCAUUGACAAAGCUGACGUUCGCUUCGUCAUUCAUCAUUCAAUUCCGAAAUCUCUGGAUGGCUACUACCAGGAAACCGGCCGUGCGGGCCGUGAUGGCCAGCCGUCGGAUUGCGUGCUGCACUACCAGUACAAGGACGCGAACACCAUCUUCAAGAUGAUCCGCGAACCCAAAGACCAGCCGCCCCUCCCACCUGCAGUCGUCCGGCGUCAAGAGGAGGCUCUCCGCGCUGUCAUCCUCUACUGCAACGACAUCUCGCAGUGUCGUCGCGUCCACAUCCUCCGCUUCUUCGGCGAGACCUUCGAGCAGAAGACCUGCAAGAAAAUGUGCGACAACUGCGCGAACCCGACGCCGCUCGAGGACCAGGACAUGACCGCCGAGGCACGCCACUUCCUGACAUUCGUGCAGGCCGUAACCCGCGACCGAGUGGACAUCACGCAGGAUAUGGCACUUGCUGCUAUGCGGGGCGCGAACACGAAGGCGCUGCAGGAUAAGGGCUUGACGCAGUUUCCGGGAUUCGCGGCUUGCAUCGCGCAGCCGAAGGAGCUGGUGGAGUUGCUGCUCGCUCGUCUUCUGUGCGACCAGAUGCUGGACGAGGUCAACAUACAGAACAACUCCGGCUUUAGCAACGCGUACCUUCGCGUGAGUACGCCGACUGGGGUCAUUGCUAAUAAAACUGACAAACAUACAGAUCGGCAAGGCCGCGAAGGACUUCAUGGACAACCCAGAUUCCGAGAUGAUCGUCUCCUGGCGCCCCAAACCCGGGAAGGCAGGCGAAAAGGCACCUCGCAAGCGGAAGGCGCCCGCCUCGCGCACCAACAGCAAGAAGCGCAAGGAGGACCCUCCUCCCCGGGCGGCGACUCCGCCCCCCGCGGAGAGAACGCUGAGCAUAUGGGAGGACGAGGACGAGAUCGACGACGACUACACCGAGGAGCCUGCGGGGACAAGCGAUGUCAUCGAGAUUGA